UCACCACCUUUGUCGUUAUUCAGCAGCUGCUCUCAAAUUGGAAAGUCCCUCUCAAGCGGCCAGCUUUCAGACAGGGAAAAUGCACAUUCCUCUGUCACUUACAACAAGGGACUUGGAUAUUUGCUUCUCUUGGUUGGCUUAGUAGAUAUAAAAUACUGUCAAAGCUUUUUAUUUUCUGUAUCUUGCGUAUAAACAUUCUCGUUCGGAGUCGAAGCUGGUGUUAGCUGGCUAGCUUUUUGUGCGGCUAGCUGCUAGCUGAAGGAUGUUUUGUUGUUGAAGCAGGCUGCCCUCCCAUCGUCUGGGAGAGGAUAUUUCUCAGCUGUGAAUGGGAAAAACGAUCCGUUGACACUUCUGCUGACCUUCUCUGUUAAAGUGAGCCGUGAAAUCCACCGACACAGACAGGGGGGGUCCAGUUUGACAGAAGAGGAAGGAGAUGGGAAACUGUUUGAAAUCUCCGACCUCGGAUGAUAUAUCUUUGCUACAUGAAUCCCAGUCGGACCGAGCCAGUUAUGGAGACGGUGUUGACCUGGAUCAGGAGCCACCGCCCCCUUAUCAGGAGCAGAUCCACGUGCCUGUCUACCACCCAACUCCCAGCCAGGCCCGACUGGCCACUCAGCUGACCGAAGAGGAGCAGGUCCGCAUCGCUCAACGCAUUGGACUCAUCCAGCACCUCCCGAAGGGUGUGUACGACCCAGGCCGCGAUGGCUCCGAAAAGAAGAUCAGAGAGUGUGUCAUCUGCAUGAUGGACUUUGUUUAUGGAGACCCCAUCCGGUUCCUGCCCUGCAUGCACAUCUACCACAUGGACUGUAUAGACGACUGGCUGAUGAGAUCCUUCACUUGCCCCUCCUGCAUGGAGCCUGUGGACGCAGCACUGCUCUCCUCCUACGAGACCAACUGACCGCCUCCUGGACCACGCCGGAACAGCAAAAUCUACCCACACAUCAUAUAACCUAAACCUCCUCACUGCUAACUUAUAUCCUGGAUUAGUAAGAUUAUAAAGUUUAGGUCCUGAUUUGAGGAGGGUUAAAAAUGUUGGCUCAAUUCUGUUUCUGUGCUGAUAUAUGUACUUAAAUGUGAAGGCAUAUAAAUGACUCUGUGUUUGUGCAACAUUUCCUCAGUUAGCCUGCUGGGCAGGACUGUAUCUGAGAAAGGACUGACGGAGUAAAGACAGUAGUGCAGACAGUCGGUGUGAAGGUAGGAAUCGGAGAAGAGCACUGAAGCGUGCCAGAGCAAACGUCAUGAUUAAGAAGACUUUAAACAUACAAUGUGUGCGCAUACACAAACACACACACGCGCACAAUUCUGUCAUUGACUUCCAGCCUCUGAAAUGUGUCCACCAGAAGUGACGAGAGACAUCUGACCUUCAUCACUGGGCUGCAUAUCAUGUCUCGUGGACUGCUGGUAACUGAUGGCGUUCAUAAUAAAAGCUAAAAGAGAUGAUCUCCAGCAGAUGUGAGAACUGCAGAGUCACAUUAGCUGAGAAACUGUCUCUGAUGCAAAGCAGACUGCAGGUGGGAUAAUUUGAGAUGGACGUCCAACUUAAGACUACUGAUGCUUAGUGCUGAGAUACCACAGGCCUGCGCUAGUCGUCUUCAGCACACAGGCCCAGUUCUGUUUGUCUGUACAGAUCCUUUCUGUCAAAUAUGACUGGUUAACAGCUUGACUGACUGUCCUGUGGUUUUGUGAAUUGUUUUUGUUUUCCAACUUAAAGGGCUUUGUUGAAUCUGUGUUCACCAAGAGUGUGGACAUAACAAAAGGACAUGCAGUGUAUGUUCUUUAUUUACUAUUGUGAUGGAUUGCUGGUGAAACUGUCCUGUCAAAAGUUCGGAUUCAUCCCUCAGAUUAUUAGCAAAAGCACAACUCAACAGCUGUUUGGGUUUUUUUUUUUUUGGUUUUUUUUUGCACAUUGUAGUCGGAUUAGAGCAA